AUGGAAUUUGAUCACAAUAAUGUUAGGUGGGUUGUAGAACAAGACAGAUUGAGCAGAUUGCCAGAUGAGCUUCUUCAUAAGAUCUUGUCUUGUUUUGACAUGAAAUUUGUUGUUGAAACAUGUUUGUUGUCAUCAAGAUGGAAGCUUCUGUGGACAUCAAUGCCCUUUCUCAACUUCUCAAGCUCUCAUUUUGGGUCUUUACUUAGGUUUGCUGAAUUCAUGACUCAUGUUUUGUUUCAUCGCGAUCAUCAAAGAGAAGUGUCUUUGUUAAAGCUACAUUUCCAAGGAGCAGCUAAUGACUUUUUUGUGAGAAAGAUUGCAGAUUAUGUGUCCUCUCACAAUGUCCAACAACUAACUAUCUGGCUCACACACCACCUCCCAAAUAACCCUCCUUUCAUGUUUACCUCUAAGUCACUCAAACAUUUCACACUGACUAGCAUUGUGAUCGGAGCUUGCAAUAUUACACCCAAAACACAUUGGGAUUUUCCAGCUUUAACAACUUUGCAUCUCAGUGGCAUCGUAUUGAGUGGUGAUGUUUUCUCCAAGUGUGUAAACUUAAAGCACCUCACUCUAGAAUCUUUUGUUAUUAAUGCGGAUGUGGAGGAAUUUGACAUCAUUACCCCUCAGCUUUCUAAUCUCAUGCUUAUCGGUGGCAAAUGUAGUUCAAAAGUCAUCAAUCUGAUUGCACCUCAACUUGAGAAUCUCACAAUAUAUCAUUGCAUCAUCAAGCUCUUGAAUGCUCCAGCAGGAGUUUCAUCUUUGUGCUACAUGGGUUUUCCACAUCCACAAUUGUUCAAAGAUUGUUUCACUUCUCUAAAUGAAGUGAGUAUAUGUUGGUUAAAAAUGCCAUACAAGAAGGAAGAUGCUCUCAAAACUAUUCACAUGCUUCAGAAGCUCCAUAGUGCCAGAUAUGUUACACUUGAUGCUUACACUGUUGAGUGUAUUUCAUCAUUUCCGGAUUUAUUAUUGCACAAUUCUUCACCUUUUACCAACUUGAUUUGCUUGACUAUAGACUCCAGCAUGCAUGUGGAUCCCUACAAAGUAAAAAUGUCUAUUGAAGCUAGAAACUUCUUGCUUGAGAACUCCCCAAAUGCCACUUUAGUCAUGAAAUUACCCAAGGAAAUUUUAUCCCAAAGGUAUUAA